AUAGCAAGCGUGCAAGGAUAACGACAAGGACGACCGACGACGGCGCUCGCAACUCUAUGUGUCUGUAGUACUGUUUUACUUGUCUGACUGAAGUACUCUAAACUGAAUCAAAACCAUCAGAGAAACCUCGCACAGCACACAAAACAGGACACAAAAUUCGUUUGCGUUCACACCAGCCAAGCCAGACCAUCCGUGUCGUUCUGGAUGGAAGGAUAUCCUAAUUUUAUUCUACGACGAGCUUAGGUUCCGUUCAAUUUUCUUCGUUCGUUCGUUAGUAAAGUACGUUCGUUUUGUAUGUUGCGCGCUUGUUUCACAUCCUUCGGGAGCAAUUCAUUAUUAUUAACUUGAGUAUUAUUUUGUGUUUGACUGUGUGUGGUGGUUUAAUAUUUUUUUUUUCAUUUUUUGGUGUUUUUUUUCAAGUGAGAUAGUCUCGUUUAUGUUCUCGUCCUCGUUUUCGCGUGGUGUACGCUAGCGACAAAUAAAUCAAAAUAAGAGUGUUUAUCAAAAUAAAAAAAACGUGUGUCGUUUUCAGACUUUUACUGAUGAUUCCUGUGGGAUAAACGAGAAGAUCAAACAUAAAAAGAUUGUCGAUUUAUCAAGUUCGUACGAUUUGACGAUUGUCGGUAAUAAGUCGUUUAUCGACUUGUUGUACAUUUGAGUGGAUAACAAAUAUAAAUAAACAAGUGAUUUACGUUAAGAGGUCCUUAAUUUAAUAUAGAAUCAUUAUGCUAACAUCGCCUGGUUCCAUUAUGCCGCGUCAGGUGCUUUGGAUUGGAUUUCUUCUAGUCAUUUUGCUUGGAUGCAUGCCAUUAAAAAGCCAUGCAAACAAACUCUCACAAACGAAACUUCACGAAAUAUACCUAGAUGACCAUAAGGAAAUUAAACUGAGUUGGAUGGUAGACUGGUACAAACAGGAAGUUCUAUUUCACGUACAAAAUGCAUUCAACCCCGAACAUCGUUGGUUUUAUUUGGGAUUCUCGAAACGCGGCGAAUUGGGGGAUGCUGAUAUUUGCUUUUUUGAAAACCAGAACGGCUUCUUCAACGUCGUUACAGACACGUACACCAGUUCCGAUGGACGUUUUGUUCACAAGGAUUACCAGCAAGAUUGCGAGCUAUUCAAAAUGGACGAUGCGACUCUGGCAUUCAAGAGAAAGUUUGACACUUGUGACCCUCUGGACUUUAGAAUGCAUGAGGGUACUAUGUACAUAAUGUGGGCUAGAGGAAUUAUUCCCUUAGCCAUGGAAGACCACCAAUUUGCAUUUCCCAAUGCAUCCAAACGGGAAUCUGGCAUUAAAAUGAUGCAGCUUCUGAGGGCCGAUAAAAUUAUCAUACCCGAGACGGACUUAAAACAAACUGUGAUCCGGUUGGACAAUGUAAAGGUUCCCUCAAAAGAAACAACAUACUGGUGCCAUAUUCAGAGGCUGGACGACUUCCUCGAAGUCAAACACCACAUCGUACAGUUCGAGCCGCUCAUCACGUCUUUCGACCUAGUACAUCACAUGGAAGUAUUCCACUGUCAGACAGAUCCUACUGUCGAAAUACCCCUCUACAAUGGGGACUGUGAUAUGUUGCCGAAGGAGGCCAAAGUUUGCUCUAAGGUAAUUGCACUGUGGGCAAUGGGGGCCAGUACAUUCACAUAUCCACCAGAAGCUGGACUCCCUGUGGGCGGAGGAGACUACAAUCCUUACAUACGACUGGAAGUACAUUUCAAUAAUCCCGAUCUAAUAGAAGGACGUAUUGACAGCUCCGGUAUGAGGGUGCAGAUGGUGUCCAAUCUAAGACAAUUUGAUGCCGGUGUCAUGGAACUCGGAUUGGAGUACACUGAUAAAAUGGCUAUACCACCCGGUCAGACGGGAUUCCCCCUGAGUGGAUAUUGUAUUGCCGAAUGUACAAGAGUGGCAUUACCAAACUCUGGAAUAAUCAUUUUUGGAUCACAAUUGCAUACACAUUUGAGAGGCGUUCGUAUCCUAACAAGGCAUUUUAGAAAGGAAGAGGAGCUGAGAGAAGUCAAUAGGGAUGAUUUCUAUUCACACCAUUUUCAAGAGAUGCGAAAUUUAAGAUACAAACCGAGGGUGCUACCGGGAGAUGCAUUGGUAACAACUUGCUACUACAAUACAAUCGGCUACGAAAACGCAACACUAGGUGGAUUCUCCAUUAGCGAUGAGAUGUGCGUCAACUACAUCCACUACUAUCCAGCCACAGAGCUCGAAGUCUGCAAGAGCUCUGUCUCCGAAGAGACCCUGGAGAAUUACUUUAUUUACAUGAAAAAGAAGGAGCACCAGAGAACUGUAAAUUUGAAUGGAGCACGUUCGACAAAUUAUCGUAGCAUUAAGUGGACUCAGCCCCGCAUUGAUCAAUUAUACACAAUGUAUGUCCAGGAGCCGCUAUCAAUGCAGUGCAAUAAAUCCGAUGGACACCGAUUCGAAGGCUUUCAAUGGGAGGGUGUCCCCAUUACUCCUGUGGAAAUCCAAGUGCCAAUACAUCGGAAGUCCUGUCACAAUUACAAUCCAUUCUGGAUGAAACCAUUGGACGAAGGAGCGUGCGACUUGCUAGGCGAGUGUAUUUAUUAGGAAAUGUUAAAGGCACAGUGCGAAAGGACUUGCUUUUAAGCAAACAACUUUAGGUGUACAUAAAAUAUACAGUUUUUGUUUUUAUUUUUAUUGGAAAUUUUUAGACAACAUUUAUAACAGUAUUAUGAAAAGAAAAGUAAUUAAAUAAAUUGACUCUGAUACCAGCUAAAUAUAUAUAUAUAUAUAUAUAGAUAUACAAACUUA